AUGGGCAACCCAGAGGUCAUCGGCGCCAAAGAAGAAGGAGUCAACUAUGUUGAUCGUCACGUCAUUCGUGUGGUUGCAUUCGAUGCCGCUGGCAAGAUCGUCAUCAUCCAUGCUAAGCGGGACAACUACUACAAACUCCCUGGAGGUGGCAUCGAUCCAGUGAGAAGCACCACGUUGCGGCCCAGCGUGAGAUGCAAGAGGAAACCGGAGCCCUGA